AUGUCAUGGGUUCCCAAUAGGAGUGGUGAAAAUAAGAAUGAUGCUCAAGCUUGUGUUACAAGAAGCGCAGUAAAAAUGAAGAAUGGAGCUAAUAAGCAAUUAAGCCAAAUCUUUGCAUUGGCCCAUCAAGAUCUUUGGAGACCUGCGUUGAAGCCCAAGACUGUCGAAUCUGAAGCUGAUGUGGGAGGAGACCAGGGCUCGAGCGGUGUUUCGCAAGAAGAGGAAAACAGCGCCGCCCUCAAUGAGGCGCUCAAAUUGGGGGAGGGAUCAAGCGAUGGAUCAUUGGAAGAGGACAGAACAGCAAUCGGUGAUGAUGAUGAUGAGGAGGAGGAUGCUUGGGAUAGCAAGAGCCUCGAUGAAUUUGAUGUCAUGUCUGCUGCUGGCAAUUCUCACUCAUCUGGUUCUGAAGAAGAUAUCAAAGAGAAACAUGUUAUCUCCACUGCUCCGGUCGUUAAUCCAGACAAUGCAGUCAAUGAGAUUGUGGAGGAUAUCUUCGACACUCAGGAUGUAGCUUCAGGAGAUGAAAAGGAGCUUCGGGCACCGAUAUGCUGCAUCCUUGGGCACGUGGAUGCCGGAAAGACGAAGCUCCUCGAUUGCAUCCGGGGCACCCAUGUGCAGGAGCGGGAGGCCGGGGGCAUCACACAACAGAUUGGCGCCACCUACUUACCGGCUGAAAACAUCAGGGACAGGACGAGUUUAAAAGCUGAAACCGCCAUCAAAGUUCCUGGUUUGCUCGUGAUUGACACCCCUGGCCAUGAGUCCUUCAGUAAAAUGCGCUCAAGGGGAUUGAGUAUGUGUGACGUCGCCGUGGUUGUCGUCGAUAUUAUGAAGGGUCUUGAGAAGCAGACAGUUGAAUCCCUCCAUCUUUUGAGACGCCACAAUGUGAGCUUCAUUGUCGCCUUGAACAAGGUUGACCGGCUCUAUGGGUGGAAGGAAUGUACCAAUGCACCAAUAGUCGAGGCACUCAAGAAGCAAUCUGAUGACGUCAAAAGGGAAUACAAAUGGAGGUUAACUAAGGUUGUAACAGAUUUUAAGGAAAAUGGCUUCAACACUGCUCCUUACUAUGAAAACAAUAAGAAGAAAAAAGUGGUUAACAUUGUCCCGACCAGUGCUGAAAGCGGUGAAGGUGUGCCAGAUCUUCUACUGCUACUGGUGCGAUGGCUGCCUGACAUAAUUACAGAUAAGCUGGCCUAUGACGAUACAGUAGAGUGUACAGUACUAGAAGUCAAUGAACAUAAAGAUUUGGGAACUACUGUUGACGUAGUACUGAUUAAUGGUGUGCUGCGCCAAGGGGAUCAAGUAAUUGUUUGCACUAAACAGGGGCCUGUUACAACCAUUAUUAGAGAUUUGUUGACCCCUCAUCCAAUGAAAGAACUCAAAGCUAAGGGUGCAUAUAAGCAUCACAAGGAGGUCAGAGCUGCGCAGGGGGUAAAAAUUGUGGCACGGGGACUUCAAUAUGCAAUGGCUGGCACUUCUCUCAUUGUAGUGAAGCCAGGGGAUGAUUUGCGACAAGCUGAAGCAGCUGCAAUGCAAGAGAUUGAUAUGGCCAUUAGAACGACAGAUGAGAACGAAAAGGGAACAAAAACUCAAGAAGUUAGUAGUAUCAAGACUUGCAAGGAGGGCAUCUAUGUGCAAGCUUCCAGUGUUGGAACUUUGGAAGCUAUCAUUGCGCACUUGAAGAGCAGUAGUGUGGACAUUCCUGUUUAUGCUUGGAACUUAGGACCCGUGUACAAGCAGGAUGUCAUGAAGGCAAGUGCCAUGCUGAAGCGGAAAGAAGAGUAUGCAGUCAUCUUGGCCUUUGACGUCAAAGUGAUGCCUGAGGCUAGUGCCCUUGCAGCUGAAUCAGGGUUGAAGAUUAUUACUGCUGAUACGGUAUAUAGGCUCGUCAACAUCUAUACUGAGCACAUUAAGGGAUUGAAGGAAGCGAAGAAAAUGCAAUUUGCAGCUGAGGCAGUUUUCCCAUGCACCCUGAAGAUUCUGCCAAACCGUGUCUACCAUAGCAAGGAUCCAAUUGUUUGCGACGUUGAAGUUGUGGAAGGUGUCGUCAAGGUGGGAACCCCGAUAUGUGUCUUCACCCCGAGCAAGGAUAAAAGCAAGAAUAUAAUAGUUCAUAGCCUCGGGAGGAUCUCCUCCAUGCAAACGUCCAAUGGCAAUCAGAUUUUCUCGGCCAGGAAUGGAGUUGUGGCCAUAAAGAUAAGCGGUGACAGCCCUCAGGAGAAAUCCCGGUCUUAUGGAUGGCAUUUUGAUUCUAGCAAUGAGCUGGUCAGCGAGAUCUCGAGGAGAUCCAUCGAUGUGCUCAAAGAGUGCUUUCGGGAUGAAAUGAGGGCUGAAAAUUGGCAGCUUAUCAGCAGGCUGAAGACACAGUUCAAGAUAGCCUGA